UCAGAAUCCAAUAUUAUCAACUAAUCAGAACCGUCAUCAACAAACACUAAUUUUACUAAAAAAAAAGAAUUACUGAAAGCAAAAGCGCGCGGUCUCUGCAGCAGCUAAUCUCAUUUUGUCGGACUCUCCUGCCGCCGACUUACAGACAAAAUGGCAGAAUCAAUAUGUAGAACACUCCGAGAUGGAGCUUUGGAAGGGGAACUUGCACCAGCUCUCACAAUUAAAGAUACUGGUGCUUCACCAUUUGGGUUUGACAUGUUUGGUCAUGUGCUCUCCCAACUCUCCUCCUUCAUUUUGGCUCAAAAGUCCCAUUCCGUAGGUCUCGUGAUUAUUGCAUAUAAACGAAGUCCGUCAUUUUAUGCUGACUUUUUAAGGCUAAGAGGAGUUGAUGUUGCUUCUGCUCAUAAAUGGAUUCAGAUUUUGGAUUGUUAUACUGAUCCUCUUGGGUGGAAGAAUAAGCUGGUGGAGCCUGGAAAGGCUAUUGAUAUUUCCUAUGAAGCUUCUGGCACGGCAUGUCUUUGUAAAGAUGUGAAGGAUUUGGAUAACUUGUACACUAUGAUUUUUGAAUUGGGGAAAGGAUUUGUUGGACAAGGAAAAGGUCGUUUCUCUGUUGCUAUAGACUCGGUGAGUGAAAUGUUAAGACAUUCAUCCAUAUCAAGAGUUGCAGGACUACUGAGCAACCUUCGUAGCCAUGAUCAAAUAUCCUGCAUCUAUUGGUUACUACAUUCUGACCUUCAUGAAGUCAGGGUGACAUCUGUUCUUGAAUAUAUGUCCUCAAUGGUGGCUAGUAUAGAAUCAUUAAAUCGAUCUACUGAUGGAAUGAGACGGGAUUUGGAAAACAUCCUGCAGUUGCAACAGAGUUUUGGGAAAGGGAGGCUUAAUGUUAGAUUCAAGCGUCGAAAUGGUCGUGUUCGUGUGAUGUGUCAAGAGUUUCAUAUGGAGCAAUCAGCAAUGAAUUUUACAUCUGUUUCAUCUGAAGAUGGAAUAAUCAACCAAAGCCUUUUGCCCAAGGUGCAGUUUAGCCUUCAGCUGUCAGAAAAGGAGCAGACAGAAAGGGCGAAUGUGGUACUCCCUUUCGAGCACCAAGGAAAUGGCAAACCGAUAGAAAUUUAUGAUGGUCGAAGAUCUACCGCAGAGAACAAGCAUGAAGAGACAUUUGCUUCAAGUGGGAAUUUGCAGAGAAACGAUGGGUCCAGUGGGGGCGAGAUAAUAUAUUUUCGUGAUUCAGAUGAUGAGAAGCCAGAUUCUGAUGAGGAUCCAGAUGAUGAUUUGGACAUAUAAUAUCUUUAAUGAGCAUGGACAAAUACCAAGAAACUGUAUAUUGUAACAUUACUUUUAAGGAUUCUGAUAGACAAGAGGUCUUCCUGUGAUCACUGUUCUAUCAUAUAUGUUUGGCUGUUUGUACUAUUUAAUGGCCUUUGUGUAGAUGGAACGGCUGAUAUAAAAUUUUGGAGUUUCAAAAGUACGUUUGGAAAUAGAAACGAAAUGUAUGCUCUA